AUGGCGGCAAGCCGAACGGCGAUUGCGCCGGCCGUCACGCGGACCAUGAAGCAGGCGAACAUCGCGGCUGACGACGGCAUCAUCCUCACAUUCCUCAACGCAGCGAUCCUGCCGCUGUGGGAGGUGGGCCAGAUCUGCCACGCACGUGCCAUGGGCCUGCAGCAGCUCCUGGGACGCUUGGUCGUCAUUUGCUGGGAUGAUGCAUCGUACGACAAGUGUCGCCACGAGCAGCUGCAGAACUGCGUGAGGGACGAGCACCUCCUUGACCGCGCGCUCUUGGCGCAGGGCGCUGGCAACUUCACCUCUGUUGAGACGGGCUACCACGAUCGCGGUGUCAGGCACAAGCUCUACCUGCGGAUAUGCUGGCGGAGGGUUGAGCUGGUCAGCCAUGCGCUGGGUCUAGGGAUUGCCACCACUCUGGCGGAUGCCGACGUCCUGUUCCUUUCGGAUCCGGCCAAGGUUUACAAGCGACGGUAUGGGGAGGAUGACAUGCAGGUUACUGCGUGGACCGACUUUCGGGGCACCAGCUUCAAUCGAUCGUGUGUGCAGUCAACCUGCAGGGGGAACACCUAUAACGGUGGAAUCUAUCACGCCCGCCCAACCCAACGAACCCGUGAAAUGUUUGAACGGCUCGUGCGUGGCAUGGUGUCCUCUGACGGCCGCGACACGAUGCGCAAGUUCGAGCAAGUCGUCUUUAGCGACGCAAUCCGCACGUUGCGGGCGACGUUCGUGAACCCAGCCUACAUCCAAGGCGACAGUCGCUCCGUCAUGCACUACUGCAGGAGGUCCGGCUUGAGGAUGUGCACGGUGUGCGACAAGGUGGCGGUGCACGUGUCAGCCGCCGGAAACUUCCUCGAGAAGCGGGACGCGCUGGAGCGAGUCGCAAAGGCCUUCGCGAUGGGUUGCUUGGGCAUGGAGGCGAGCAAGCGCGAGGCUGUGCUGCAGUGCGCGGCACUGCACCCCUCACCGCAAAUUGUGGCGCCGCUGAGAUCCCGCGUCAAGGCGGCGAGCGUGCUGGAGGAAGGUGUACCAGGGCGGGCGAGCAAGAGCGCGCGGCUUACGCGGCCCGGCUUACGAGACGUGUUCCAUCUCGUGCGGCCGGCGCCGGGUCCAGGAGGGGAUCUCUUUCAUGAUCUUGUGAACGGUCCCGUCACUUACGUUGCCCAGCGUUGA